AUGUCAUAUCGCGGGAAUAGACGCGGUUAUGUUCCGCGACGUGGAGGACAUCACAGCGCUAGUGCACAACCUAUUCCACCUGAUCGCGAGCUUGCCGAGGGACUCCUUUCCCCGUCCAUCAAGGUGUUCGAGAAACCGGAGGACCUGAAGGGAAAAGAUAUCGUAAUCCAAGAUCUCAAGUAUCUCGGUUCGUACAAUUGGGUCGAUGUAACCACGAAGGCCACGAUGAUUGUGCCCGGUUCGCCGCCUUUUUGGCGCAACAGACCCCUGCCGUACUCUGUCCCACGAGACAGCGGAAUUCGCAUUGUUGAUCAGGCUAGCAACUGGUUUCCGUCUUGUCCACUAUUUCCAUUACUACGUGCAGUGGACAUAGUGGCAGAGGAUAACGGCGAUACGGUGGAUUGGUCGUCUGUGGACUUUAUCACGGACCGGAACAACCUGCGCAAGCUGUUGCGAUGGAUUCUCGAUACUGAUGGAACGGCGAGGGAAUUCCGCAUUGAUACCCAGCUCGUCGGGAAACGCACAGUACUGUUCAACAUAUGGCACAAGAACACGAAAGAGCGGACAGACCCUACGAUCUGGACGUACGGUUACAACUUUGAACAUGAGAGCACUGUCCGCGCAGCGGGGUGCGAGAUAGGAAUCGAACAUGAUAGAAUCGUGAGAUACAAUUUCGAUGGUUUGACACUAGUCGUGCGAUUUGAGGUCGACGCAUGUCUUGUGCCUACUUCUGAGCUUCCACAGUCUUCGACUUCGUCUGUGUCUGCAGAAACACUCUCAUUAAUGAUGUCUUCUCUGAACGUCUCUGGGAGCGCCAAUCGUACGGUAUCAAUCGACAGUAAUGCCUCUACUUCAGACCUCGAUAUUAUUCGUGCCGGCUCGCAAGUACCACAAGAUAGCCUGGUGGAGAUGACAACACGUUCCAAAAAUUAUCUCUCUCAAUUCAACUGGACGGACGCUUACCCUCAACUAUCCUUAUCUGCUACUCCCCAUCAUUUCCUCGCGGUGCACAAUCGCGGACUGUUCCAAUCAAUUCGCAAGCGGAAAUUGGGCGACGACGAAAUGAUGAACAUCGAUGCGCGAGCUCAGCCGGGCUUUAGGAGAUUGAGAGAUCUACUCGGCACCAUCCAAGAACUCGUGAUUGAGCACGGGAGGCUUGGCAGACUCAGCCUAGUUCACAAGGGUGGCAUCCUUCAGGUAUUCGAGAGGGCAGAUAGAGGGAGCUGCCUCCCCGAGCCCAUGAUGGGGCGCUUUGAAGCCUGA